AUGGGCGCCACCGGCUCGUCCGCGCUGGCCCGCCUGGGCCUCCCCGCGCCGCAGCCCCGGCCCCGCUGGCUCGGGGUCGCCGCGCUGGGACUGGCCGCGGUGGCGCUGGGGGCCGUGGCCUGGCGCCGCGCGCGGCCCAGGCGGCGCCGGCGGCUGCAGCAGGUGGGCACCGUGGCAGAGCUCUGGAUCUACCCCGUCAAGUCCUGCAAGGGGGUGUCGGUGAAGGCGGCGGAGUGCACGGCCCUGGGGUUGCGCAGCGGUCACCUGCGGGACAGGUUUUGGCUUGUGAUCAACAAGGAGGGGAAUAUGGUUACUGCUCGACAGGAACCCCGCCUGGUCCUGAUUUCCCCGACCUGUGAGGGUGACACCCUGACCCUCAGUGCAGCCUACAUGAAGGACCUGCGGCUGCCCAUCAAGACACCCACCACAAAUGCAGUGCACAAGUGCAGAGUGCAUGGCCUGGAGAUCGAGGGCAGGGACUGCGGUGAUGCCGCAGCCCAGUGGAUAACAAACUUCCUGAAGACGCAGCCGUACCGCCUGGUGCACUUUGAACCUCACAUGCAACCGAGAAAUUCUCACCAGAUCGAAGACCCGUUUCGACCCACAGACCAGGUCCCGUACUCAGACGCCAGCCCCUUCUUGAUCCUCUCUGAGGCAUCGUUGGCAGAUCUCAACUCCAGGCUAGAGAAGAAAGUUAAGGCAACUAACUUCCGGCCCAAUAUCAUAAUUUCAGGGUGUGGUGUCUAUGCAGAGGACUCAUGGAAUGAGCUUCUUAUUGGUGAUGUGGAACUGAAAAGGGUGAUGGCUUGCUCCAGGUGCCUUUUAACCACGGUGGACCCGGACACGGGCGUCAUGAGCAGGAAGGAGCCUCUGGAGACCCUGAAGAGUUAUCGCCUGUGUGACCCUUCUGAACGAAAGUUAUAUGGAAAAUCACCUCUCUUCGGACAGUAUUUUGUUCUGGAAAACCCAGGGACCGUCCAAGUGGGAGACCCUGUGUACCUGCUCGGCCAGGAAUAGGAAUCAUAUGUCCUGGAAUAGCAGGUGUCUUUAAAAAAUGUCCUCAAAAAUGCCAACACUUGAAGCACAGUAUUUUGGACCUGACACCUCGGCAUUUUCUUUAGAUCUGUGAUCUCCAAGUGUUUCGUCUUUUGGACGCUUCCUUGUGUCUCAGUGCUUCCAGCAUCCCAGUGCACAAAGUGAAGAAAGAGAGUUUUGAUAACUUAACAGGACUUCUGUAAGUCACUUAAAUGACAAAGCAGGAUUCUAAAAAUCGCUUGUUUAACUGUGAUUGUGGAAUAAUUCUUUCUCCUUCUUCUCCAUUCACCUACCCAGAGGGCUAACUGCCAUCCUCUCAUUGCUACUCUUUAGGGAAAGAGGAGAGAAGAGAAAGAGUAAGAGUGGGGGAGUGAGAAGAAUGUUCUGGAAUCUUUUAGUACCCCAUGCCCGGGGCAUGCAAUGGAAAUUAAAUAGCUCUCCAAAUAAGGCUGGACUGUCACUUCACUUUUCUCCUCAAGCCCUAGACAAGCUUUUAAAAGGGCAUAAGGAGCCUGACCUUCAGGAAACACUUAGGAUGUUCAUUUUCCAUAGAUCAUCUUGGACCUGGCACUAUUGUCUCUCAGACAGUGUCCAUGGGGAUUUGAUGGAUCUUCAUAGCAUGCAGUACCUCUGGGCUGUAGGACAGCAGAGAUGUCAGGGUAGAAAAUCAACUCAUGAGAGCAGCGUUGCAGUCAGACUCUGAUAGGUAAUAUGUGGAAAGCAAGACAAAAACUUCCUUGCCUUGAAACGGAGUAUCAACUAUAUCCCAUUGGUGAGCCCAAACUUUUCCCAGUAUAUGAGAGUGAACUGUAGCACUAAGUAGGGGAAGCGCCCUUGCCUGAUGUGGUCUGAGAUGCUGUUUGACCUUGCCCAGGGAAACGAUGGUGCCCGUCUU